AUGAAUGGUCAAGGCAGCAGUGGAGGAGGUCAGCAACAAGAGGAAGAAGUCGAACCGGAAAAAGAAGGAGGAGGUAAUGGUACAGGAGCAGGAGAAGGAGCAGGAGGGAGACCAGGUCCGAGUGGAGAGACAGGAGAACAGGCAAUAGAGGGGCAGGUACAAAACCAAACGCCACGAGACAGAUGGUGGUCACAGAUAGAGACAGCGCUAAGCGAAGAGAAUAAUGAACUGGCGAAAGAGAUGUUGCAAGGGUUCGUGUUUAUGUACGGUAAAGACUCGACGUUGAUGAGAUCGCUAGAAGGAUUCGACCAACCAGGAGAGCAACCGAGCGGUAACGAGAAAAGAGGUAGAUCACCGGAGAGAGAACGGAGAGAAAGGCCACGGACAGAAUCGCUGAUCGUAGGAGACGAUGAAGAAGAUGAAAUAGAUGAACUUCAGGACCUAGAAGAAGGAAUUGUGGAAGUGAACAGAGAGGAGGUGAGAGAGAGAGGAAGACCAGCUGCGAAGAAGAUGACGGGAAAGAAAAGGAAGGUAACGCUGGAAAGAGAGGAGACGUUAGAAGAGAUAGAAGAGGGAGAUGAAGAGGAAGGUGAGUGA